AUGUUCGCGCUGCCGCCCUAUCUUCAGGAUCACGUGCCCCUCCUGCGCCUGCUGGGCGUGAGGGACGCGCUGGAGCUCCCCCAGGGGGAGGCGGGUCCCGCAGACAGCCAGGCCGUCGCUGCCCUGUGUCAGUCCCAGAGGUGGCUGUUCGAGCACGGCGCGGAGAGCUUCGCCGACGUCACAGUGCGGUGCGACGGCGGGAGCCUGUUCCUGCACCGGAACGUGCUGAUGGCGAGGAACGACUACUAUCGCGCCAUGUUCGCCGGGGCCGGGGGCGGCUUCCUCGAGGCGCGGGACGGCGGCGCGGAGGUGCACCUGUACCACGCGCCCCUGGAGGUCGCCAGAGUCCUGUUCGGCUACCUCUACCACGGGCAGGUCGAGGAGGGCCCCCUGGAAGGCCCCGACGGGGCGUACAACUCGGUAGAGCUGCUGAAGCUCUCCGACGAGCUCUGCGUUCCGCAGCUCUUCGAGUACGCCCAGAUGUGGGUAGCCAACCAGCAGGACCUGGAUGACUGCACCGACACCCUCGCCAUCGCCGCGAGGCACGGCGCUCAGCUGCUGGAGCGGGCCACGCUCGCGCUCAUGGCCGCCAACCUGGACGCCCCGGAGGUAGACCGGCAGAUUCCAGGGCUCUCGCCAGAGCGCAGAGCUCAGUUGCAGGAGCUCGUUCAGCGGCCGAGGCAGCAGGCUGGCAUCACCGGGCGCUGA